AUGCCAAAUUCAAGUGACUCAAAGGAGUCUCAGAAAAUAAGAGGGAAUGCCUCCUCUCCGGGUAGUACCUGCGAACAAACACAAUAUAUUGGCCUGGAAAAAACUUGGAGGUACAAGUUUUCAAACCAAAAAUUGGUGAUUGUGUUGCUUUCCUUGUUUUCAACACUGCAAAGUGUGAACAUUGAUCAGAAUGAAGGUUUUAUAAAGAAUGGACAAUCUCCUCUUACAAUAAAUUCAGCAGGCCAUGCUAUGCAUGUUUUUAUUAAUGGUCAACUUUCAGGUACUGUGUAUGGAUCAUUGCGAUUAUUCGUUUUUGCUUUCACUCUUGCUCGUGCUUUCAGCCAUUAUCUUACUAUAAUGGGUAUAGCUGAAACUCACCAUAGGGGCUGGAGGGGACUAUGGUACGAAUUUCAAAAUCUUGUAAUGAGUAUUCAACCAGCUUGUGAAGGGGACUUUGGCCCAGCGCUGGGGGCUAUAAAUACCCUCUGUUCCAAGAGAGUCAGGUACCCCCCAUCUCGUUCAAAUUUCAGCUCGGAGCCAGUCGUGACGGUCCAAGUCUGA